UUCAGACUCCUUUUGGAAAUAACUCCAGUAAAGACUUGAUAAAUAAUAAUAAUGUUUUUUAGAAUUCAAUGAGGUGUAACAUCAUACAUAUUUGAAAGUGUUGACCUAGUGGUUCAGCUAACCAGUGCUGUUAAAGAGGAUCAAAGUUUCUGAUAUCAAACUGAGCUAAGCCAGUGUGUGGUAAGAAUCGAUAUUAGUUGUGUAAUAAACUGUUUUGCUUAGGAUGAUGGAUUCCUGAGGCUAGCUUAGUUGUUAUCUUGUUUUAAUUUAGAAAAAAAAAAAGGUGUAUGAACAUUUGUUAACAUUACGGUUGCAUGGAGACGUGUUACCCAAAGGGCACAGGCACGUAGCACGAGCAGCCCCACUUCAGGCAGCAGCAGGGGUCGUCAGCUCUUUCUGGUUGUUCUCCUCCGAGGCAGGGUUGAAGAACUUCUGAGGUAGGUGAAAACUCAAUAUUCCUUCUGUUGAUUUAUUUUUAUCUAUUUAUUUGUUUAUUUUCCCAUGACUCUGCUGACACAUGAUGGUGGAGAAACAAGCAAGCAUAAAUAACAGUACAAAUUGUUGGGGAUUUUUUAUUGUUUGCCUUGAGGCGAAUUAAGUACAGGGUUGUGUUUCGUUGCGGAGAGAUGUAAAGAACAGCACAGAGUCCCACCACCGCGAGCCGUUCUGCGAGGAGCCUGCGAAGAGGUGGCACGAGCCAGCUCCCCGUGACAGGUGCACGAGCACCGAUCCUGCGAGCGUGGGCCGGGGCUCCUCGGCUCAGCGCUGGUGCAGCCCCUGCGCCUGCUCUGCUGGCCGAAGGCGGCUCCUAAGCACUCGCACACGCUUAAUUACCGUUACCGACAGUUGCUGCAGCGUUUAUCUCCUCAGCAAGGGAGAGUUUUUUCCCUUAUAUGGAGUCAUUAUGUUUCUGAUAUUCUGCUCCCAGACAGCUUAAUCUGUUUGGCAGUUAGGCCUUCUUGCCCUCUGUGCUAGAUUGUUCCUUAGUUAAGAAUUACCAUUGCUGAGUAGUUAACAAUUUCAAAAUAGUUCAGCUGUAAUUAAGCCACCUUUGCAAUUUCCCUUUUUCCCCUCUAAGACAGCUAAAGAUGUAUGUCUUUCCAUAGAAAUAAAGGUUAUUUAAGAUAAAAAUUGCAAGCACAACGCUCCUCUUAAGAGAGGGCGAGUUUUUCUCUCUAAAUAGCUAAUGAAGCAGGCAAAUCCUGUUUUCCCCCCAAAAUGAAAUUGUUCUGUUCUUUUGGAUGUCUCCCCACACUGUCUGCUCCUCCCAUCUAAGUCAGUGCUUGUGUUAGCUAUUGCAACAGCUCCACCGGCCAGUCAAGUGUUGACUCGAGUUGUACCCACCUGCUGUUUCAGACACCUGUGGUGGUACAUCAGAGGCUGAUGUGAUUAAAUACUAAAUUUCAUUUUCUGGUCUCACAACCACGUACACAAUUGCUGUGUUGAUUCUGUGUCAUUAUAAAGUGAAAGAGAUAAUUUUAACAGAGGACUAAGCUUACCCAAAAGCUCCUCUGAAAAACACAAUGGGCUAUUUAAGAUUAGACUAUUGAAACACAUUAGGUUACACUUGAUAUAAUAGGAAGUAUUUAAAUCUUGAUCUAGAUAAAUCUCCAAGAACAUAUACACAGACACCAUACAUAGAAGAAAAUGAUCAUCUAUCAUUCUCCCAGUUAACAAAUAGGACUGUUGAGAGGCUGAGAUGAAGAAUGUCUCGUUCAAUUAGGCCAAAGCUGUUUGUCUGAGAAUGACCAGACUGAAAGCAAAGCGACUUGCCGUGCAGGAAGCUAACCGAGUCACGGGACUUCCCACGGACGCUCUGGAGUACCAGCACAAUUGCAGAGGAAGCAGAUGUUGGGGAGCCAGCAAGGUCGCAAGGUCCAUUUCAGUGGGAACGCGAGGCAGAACUGGAGCACUGGAAAGCAUGAAGUGCUAGACAAAGAGGCUUGAAACUAUAAUGUUGAACAUCACCGGAUCCUACUGAGCUCUGAAAACACACUAAACUCUGCAAACGUUUUCUUGGUGACUUGAGAAUCAGGACGCUGAGGGACUGUGACAGGAUUACUCCUACCCAGUUCAAAAGAAUGCAGUUUGAAUUUGUGUUCACAGCACCAUUUUUAGGAAGAAGAGGAGAAAGGAUAACUCUCUUCUGCAAGCUUCUCACAAUACCACAAGAUAAAGAAUGUGGGUUUUCACUAACAGAAAAUUUCUGCCAGGUCUCAAAGUGGUUCAAAUUCUACUGUGUUACCGCUGCUGCAGACCGAGCCAGCGGAACUGCUGCACGGGGCCCAGCUGCAGCGUAAAAUACAACAAAGAUAAAUGAAUGGAAGACUGAGUAUAAAGGUCUGCUAAGUUUCACACUGUGAAAUACGGCAAUGAUACACUGUGGAAAAAAACAUAUUUGUGCUUUUGUUACAUGUAUUCUGAUUUCUGCAAGUAUCUUAAUGUACUCCUGGAAAGAUCCUCAGCUACAGAAUAACAUAACUAGAAAAAUCUUCCAGGCAACGAGUGCUCUUCCAGCCAGUCAGCUUUGUAGGGGAAAACCUGCUCAAAAUGUAAUAACAGCAUUAGAAGAUAACAGAACUUUUAUUAUAUCCCCCUACUUUGAUGACAGAGAAAGCAAAGUCACUCGUGUGAUUGGGAUUGUUCACCAUGAAGAUGUAAAACAACUAUACUGCUGGUUCUGCUGUCAGCCUGAUGGAAAGAUAUAUGUAGCAAGAGCAAAAAUCGAUGUUCACUCAGAUAGAUUUGGAUUCCCUUAUGGUGCAGCAGAUAUAGUUUGUCUGGAACCCGAAAACUGCAAUCCAACACAUGUAUCAAUUCAUCAGUCUCCACAUGCAAAUAUUGACCAGCUGCCAAGCUUCAAAAUUAAAAACCGCAAGUCUGAGACCUUUUCUGUUGACUUCACCGUGUGCAUCUCUGCCAUGUUUGGAAAUUACAACAAUGUCUUGCAGUUCAUACAGAGUGUGGAGAUGUACAAGAUUCUUGGCGUACAGAAAGUGGUGAUCUAUAAGAACAACUGCAGCCAACUGAUGGAGAAGGUCUUGAAGUUUUAUAUGGAAGAAGGCACCGUAGAGAUAAUUCCCUGGCCAAUAAACUCACACCUCAAGGUUUCUACUAAAUGGCACUUUUCUAUGGAUGCAAAAGACAUUGGCUACUAUGGACAAAUCACGGCUCUAAAUGACUGUAUAUACCGUAACAUGCAGAGGAGCAAGUUUGUGGUUCUUAAUGAUGCUGAUGAAAUAAUUCUUCCCCUUAAGCACCUGGACUGGAAAGCCAUGAUGAGCAGCCUUCAGGAGCAGAACCCAGGGGCUGGCAUUUUCCUCUUUGAGAACCAUAUCUUCCCCAAAACCGUAUCUACUCCUGUGUUCAACAUUUCGUCCUGGAACAGGGUGCCAGGUGUUAACAUAUUACAGCAUGUUCACAGAGAGCCGGACAGGAAAGAGGUUUUCAAUCCCAAGAAGAUGAUAAUCGAUCCACGGCAGGUGGUUCAGACUUCAGUCCACUCUGUCCUACGUGCUUACGGGAACAGUGUGAACGUCCCCGCGGACGUUGCCCUCGUCUAUCACUGUCGGGUGCCCCUUCAAGAAGAGCUCCCCAGAGAAUCCCUCAUCAGGGAUACAGCACUGUGGAGAUACAACUCGUCGUUAAUCACGAACGUUAACAAGGUGCUACACCAAACCGUACUGUAAGCUCCAAAGCGAAACCUGGGUUGUAAGGAGGGGAAGUGGAGAGCUACCUGUGUCUUGGGGAGGCGGAGGAUAUAAUUUAAAAAUCCCAUUGAAAUCACUUCCACAUUAAGUUUACGUGUUACAGAGAUUCGGGAGAGCAGCCCUUUUGUGUGCUGUACUAAGGUAAAUGCAUUUCAUUUGUGAACUGAAUAAAGGUAUGAAGGGAAGAGAUUUCCAAAAGUGAAAUAAUGAUUUCGUCCAAGAAGGGUGGGGGAGGCACCAGUGCACCGUUUCCUGGAGAUGUUUGAACACGGUUGGGCAGAGCCUGACGACAUGGGUGUUGCAGCAGGUCUCCGCAGCGUGCGGCGUGCUUCCGAUGAGGGAUACAUCCUUUGGUUAUAUACGAUACGCCCUUGGUUCUGACAGUUGACUGUGUUUGGUAUGCUACAAUUUAAAGUGCAGUAAUGAAAUUUAAAAGUGUUGCAGUAGCCAUUUAAUGCUAUGUUCUCUCCAGUAAUAAAUGUACUCUGUAUUUAAGAUCAUCUAUUAUUCACA